AUGGACUGUUGCCGGAAUGUCUCUGUCUCCGGUGAGUACCACCACCAGCAAGAGCAAGUGCAAGUGCAAGUGCUUUCUCCUCCUUGCUCCAAGCUUGGUUCUUUAACUACUGCCACUACUACUCAUGCCUCUUUUGAUGACCUUUUCCCCGCUCAAAACACGGAGGUGGAUGUGAGCUUGGAAUGGCUGUCAAUUUUUGUGGAGGACUGUUUUUCAAGCACAGGGAACUGUCUUCCAGCUACAGCUGUUCCCAAAACAAGUGUUGAAAAUGGAAGUACAAAAACACCAAAACCCUCAAAACCCUUGUUGCGGAAUAAUAAGCUCCAACAAACCCCACCUUCUUUACAGAAGUUUGUAGUUCCAGGCAAGGCCAGAAGCAAAAGAAAGAGAUCACCACCAGCUUCCAUUUCCAAAGAUAAACCUUUAAUUUUUCACCCGUUCACCACCUGGAGUAGUACUCACCACAACCAACUCCUUAACUUGCCCACCUCAGACUCUCCUUUGCUCCACCACCACCAGGCCUAUUGGCUGGCUGACAGUCAACUCAUUGUCCCCAAAAAAGAAUCCACCGCCCCCACCCCCACCACCACCACCACCACCAACAACAAAGUGAAGGAUUCUGAUGUGCAAAGUAAAGAAGAGGAGGUGGAGGAGGGGGUGGAGAAGAGUUUUGUGGAGGGGAACAUUGGGGGACAGCAGCCAAGGAGGUGCACCCAUUGCUUAGCACAAAGGACCCCACAGUGGAGGGCAGGACCAUUGGGUCCAAAAACUCUAUGUAAUGCAUGUGGGGUGAGGUACAAGUCAGGGAGGUUGCUGCCUGAGUAUAGGCCAGCCAAAAGUCCUACUUUUGUGAGCUAUUUGCACUCUAACUCUCACAAGAAAGUUAUGGAGAUGAGAAUGGCCUUGGUCCCUUCGGUCCCCAAGUGAUCUUCCCUUGGAAAUUUCUCAUUUUUCAGUAUGUAAAUUAAAGUUUAGAGUUUUAGAUAUAAAAAUAUGGAGAAAUUUUUAACUACUAGUAGUA